AUGAGCCGCGACCUCUUCUUAUUCUUACUGCAAAUGUUUACCACUUCGCAGCAGGUGAUCAGAUCUUUAAUUACUUUCUUUCUUUCUUUUAUUCUUUCAUUCUUUCUUUCAUUUCACUCUUUCUUUCACUCUUUCUUUCAUUCAUUCUUUCUUUCUUUCUCUCAUUCUGUCUUUUUUUCUUUCUUUCAUUCUUUACUUCUUUCUUUCAUCUUUCUUUAUUUCUUCCUUUUAUUCUUUCUUUCUUCAUUUCUUUCAUUCUUCCUUUCAUUCUUUCUUUUUUUAUUACACAAUUCCUUUUUUACUCUUUCCUUUACUUACUUCUGUUCUUUUCUUUCUUUCUUUCUUUCUUUCUUAUUUUAUUCUUUUCUUUAUUUUUCCAUUCUUUCCUCUUUUUUUUCUUCUUUUCUUGUUUAUUUUUAUUUCCUUUCUUUAUCCCUUCAGUUUCUUUUUUCUUUCCUUAUUUAUUACGUUUCCUUAUUCUAUCCAUUUCCUAUUUUCUUCUUUUUUUCUUUUUCAUUUAUUUCCUUAUUUCUUUUCUUUCUUUAUUUCUUCCUUUUUCUUUUCUCUUUCUUUUUUCUUUCUUUCCUUAUUUUUCCUUUUUAUAAUUUACUCUUUCUUUCUUUCCGUAUUUCUUCUGUUUUCUUUCUUUCCUUCUCAUUUCUUUCCUUUAUUUCCUUCCUUCUUUCUUUUGUUUUCUUUAUUUCUUUCCAUUCCUCACAACUCUUCUUCUUCCUCUCCUUCUUCCUCGCCUUUUCCUUAUUUCUCCCUCUUAAAUCAAAAUACAAAUCAAUUACUGUUGUGUGUAGAACGUUUCACAAUUCUCUUGUAUUCUUCCACUUCUCUUUCUUUCUAUUCCUCCUCCCUUUAACUCACUCAUUCUUUCUAUUUAUCGAUAAAUUUAUCUUUUCUUUUUUCAUUCUUUCCUUUAUCUAUUCUUUUUCUUUUUUUCUUUCCUUAUUUCUUUUCAUUAUUAUAUCCAUUUCUUAUUUUCUUUUUUUUUUCUCUUUCCUUUAUUACCUUAUUUCUCUCUUUUUCUUAUUCAUUUCUUUCCUUUCUUUAUUUCUUAUAUUUUCCCUUCCCUUUGCUUCUUUUUCUUGCCUCUUUCUCUUUUUCCCUUUCUUUUUUUCUUUUUCUUUUUUUCGUUUCUUCUUGUAUUUCUUCCCUUUUCUUUCUUCUUUCACUUUUUUAAUUCUUUCAUUUUCUCAUUCCUUUCCAACUAUUUUCUCUUUAUUUUCUUUCUUUCUUUCUUUCGUCAUAAAUCUCCUUUCCUUCUUCUUCCCCAUUUCCUUAUUUUUCCUUUCCUUAUUUCUUUGUCUCCUUCCUUCCCUUAUUUGUUCCCUUUUCUUCCCUCUUUCCUUUUCUCAUUUCUCUAUUUAUCUUCAAUGGUUGAUCGGAAUAUCUUUAACUUUUUCUAUCUAUCUAUCUAUCUAUCUAUCUAUCUAUCUAUCUAUCUCAGUGUAUUCUUAUCUAUCUAUCUAUCUCAAUAUAUUCAUAUCUAUCUAUCUUUUGUGA